GCUGCCACUGGGUCCAAAGGUCUCAUCGCUGGUCGAAUGUCAGGAACGCCAUCAUUUAUGCGUCUACCUGGUAGCACAUUAUGUCAAGAGGUCUACACAAUACAUUUAGCCGGGCCUGUUGCAAAUGGCGACUGCGGAUCUUGGGUCAUGAACGCGGACAGCGGAGAUCUCUAUGGACAUAUCGUUGCUGGCUCUCCAGAGUCCGGAGUCGCAUACAUUAUCCCUGCUUACCAAGUGUUUGAU